GGAUGAGGUGUCCAACGUGCAUGGACUCUGAUGAUGGACCUCUGCCAGUGUAAAGGUAAAACGACUUAUGCUUCUCGUACACAUCCAACACCUGAUGCAUAUCCCUGCAGAAACAUCAAUAACAACAGCAACAAGAGAGUGUCAUGAGGAAAUGUCUGCAUUGGUGGCCUAUGAUGAUUCUGAGUCAGAAGAUGAUACUUUGAAUCAAUCAGAGACAGGAGGAUCAUCAUGUGUUCAUACUGGAUCUAAAGUUGGGGUUUGUAAUUUGUCAGAAAUAACCCCUGUUACCCAAAACCUCACAGUUGGCUCUGACACAUCUGCAUUAGAAACCCAUGGAACUGUCUCUGAGACAAGCACAUCUUCACGACUUGUACUUUCACAGACUCAGACCUGUUUCAGCAGGGAUAUUAAAUGUUCUGUUGGUUGGACAGGACAAGAUGUGCAUGCACGUGAUACUGGAACUCCUCUGAAUUCACCCGGAAUUGUGGAUGAGAUCUCUGCUGUCAACACUCUUUUUCAUAUGCCACAAAACUUUGACAAUGGGUCAAAACAUGCAAAAAGGCACCAUGCUGCACUGUCUGGUGUCAGACCGUACAUUCCCAAAAGACAGAGGCUUGCCACUUCAGUAAAGAAAGUGGACCCAGGAGAUUUUGUCCCAGGAAAUCAAACCAGAGAGAGUCAGAUUCUCUCAGAGGUGUCAGUCAGAGUGAAGUCGUAUCUGACUCAGAAGCCUGUCAGGGCAGGGAUACCGAAGAGGCCUUUGAUGAGCCUGGGGGGCCACCAGGGGCCUGUCAACGUGGUGAAAUGGUGCCCAGUGCCUCACCUCAGUCAUCUGUUGCUGUCUGCCUCCAUGGACAAGACCUUUAGGGUGUGGGAUGGUGCAGAAAGUGGGCGAUGCCUCAGGGUUUACGCUUGUCAUUCGGAAGCUGUGCGAGAUGCCUGUUGGACCCCCUGUGGGCAACUCCUCCUCACCGGCUCAUUUGACAACACGGCUGCGAUAACAGACGUACAGACAGGACAGCAGGUAGUGAAGAUGGACAAUCAGUCCAAGGUGAUGUGUGUGGUCUUCCAUCCCGCCAACCCCAACGUGUUCCUGUGUGGAGGUUACAGUUCAGCAGUCAAAGCCUGGGAUUCUCGCUGCUCCAAGGUGGUGAAUGUGUAUAAAGCAGGGAUCCAGCAGACCUUGGAUAUAUUGUUUCUGAAAGGAGGAGCGGAGUUCAUAACGAGCUCUGACUGUGUGAGCAGAGACUCUGCUGACCGUACCCUUAUUGCAUGGGACUACCAGACAACAGCAAAAGUCUCCAACCAGAUAUACCAUGAGCGAUAUACAUGCCCUAGCCUGGCUCUUCAUCCGGUGGAGGAGUCCUUUGUAGUCCAGACCAAUGGGAACUACAUGGCGCUGUUCUCCUCACAGAAGCCCUACAAAAUGAACAAGAGGCGGCGAUAUGAAGGACACAAGGUGGAGGGAUACGCGGUGAGAUGUGACUUUUCUACGGAUGGAACUAUACUGGCAUCAGGAAGUUCGACCGGAGCCGCACACUUCUAUGACUACGAUAAUGUCCGCAUGCUGCACACUCUCCCCGCCCACAGCCAGCCCUGCCUGGGUGUAUCCCAGCAUCCCAUUCUGCCUGCGACAGUGGCCACUUGUGACUGGGCAGGUGAGAUCAAGAUCUGGCACUGAGCAUGGUGACGGGACUAUAAAUACUGACUAAAACACAACUGCAGGUCUCCCGGAAGAUUCAGAUGUAAAAAAAUAAGUUUGGCGCAUCAACCUUCAAGACUUCUAUUAAUUUAUGAGCUUGUACUUGCACAACAUCAUAGAUAUUAUUUUGUAAAUCUUACUGUAAAUAUGUUAUUUACAUUUGGCCUAGGGGGGUUAUGUCGUGGCGACGUCCGUCUGUCUGUAUGUCCGUCCAUCCCAAAAAGGGUGUUAGUAUUCUGAAAUCAACUUCUCUCACAUUUUGGGAAGAAUUUCAUGAAACUUGGUACAACUCCUUGUUAUAGGUUGGUGAUGCGCAUAAUAUUAUAUUGUUCCAGUUGGGCCCAUUUUAUCACAGUUAUGGUCCUUGGAUUAGCAAAUCUGUACUCCGUCAGUUUCAUGAGUAUGAUGAAUUCAACGCCUGCAUUCUGAAAUCAACGCCUCUCACAUUUUUAGUAGGAAUUUGGGGAAACUUGGUACAAUUCCUUGUUAUAGGAUGGUAAUACACAUAUUGUAAUAUUGUAGAAGGUUGACACAUUUGGGCAGAGUUAUGGCCUUUGAUUAACUAACCUAGACACCGCCAGUUUCAUGAGUCGGUGUCUGCAUUCUGAAAUCAACUAUCACAUCACAUACCUUGAAAUGUUAUCAGACUGUAGCAAGCAAUUGUACCAAAGCAGCAUUUGCCAGUGCGGGAUAUUGUACUUUCACAUCACUCUUGUUUAGAUUGUUUUAACAUUUUGCAGUCCUGUUGUGUGAAAUGUAUUUAAUGAAGGAUACACUGCAAAUAUUUACUCAUAUUUAAUAUAUCAGAGUUAAGUUUUAUAAUCUGUCCCAAAGACUGAAAUGCCCACAGACAUCAUGAUUAUUGGUUUUUGUAUUCCACCACCACCCAUCCCUCUCCCCCCAUCUAAGUGCAGCUAAGGAACAGUAUUGUUGUAUUGUUCUUCAUCACUGCUUUCUCUUGACAUUUACAAAUAAAUGGUGUGUUGUUUUUGUUUUUAUUCAUAAUUCUACAACACACAUGCCCAUCACUCUUUUGUCUUUUGUUUUCAAUAAAUUUUAUAUUUUCUUUUUAAAUUUAAUAAACA